UAUAUUAAAAAUGAAUUUGAUCAAAUUUAGUUUUACAGUCAUGUUGUUCUGUUUAAGUUUGCAAUCAAUAGAAGGUUUUAUAUAUCGGCUUAUCACAGAAACUUUACAGAAUAAUGUCGCUGGUGAGCCUCUAACUCAUGUGCCUAGCACUUGGGAUUUUGAUCCUACCAUAAGUCAGAAGAGAAGAGCACUUUAUUAUGAAACACAUGGUUUUCGUUCUGCCAAAUUUAUUGAACGCAUCGGACUUGGCAUUGAUGGACAUGAAGAUGAUAGACGUGUUGAGCAGCAGGUCCGUGAUGCGGGUCGCUUAAACGGAGAGCAUAAUAUCAAUUUUCCCCCUAACACGUAGGAUUUCGUAGGGGCAUAUUUAUUUGAGUAUCAUAUAAGUUAAAUAGUAAAUAACGAAAUGCAAUGUAAAGUAAUAAAUUAUGCAAAUAAACCAAAUUGCCACUUGUGUAUGUAAGUGAAUCUGAGCAUUUCGUAUUUAGAAACUCGUUCACGUACAUUUCAAUUAAAGUGGAACAUUGUCAUCAUCAUCAUUUUAA